AUGCCUCUGACAAAGCAUCGUCCAGGGGAAGCCGGGGAAGAGAACAGCAAUAGGCCUCAGCUUCGAGGAGUUCAAACAGAUGAUCUCAGCCACUUCACGGGUGCCCACACGGGCGAGGAUCUGAGCGUGGAGGAACAGACUGCUAUCCUACAGGCGAUGACCCUCGAGUCUCCUCCCGGGAUCCAAUCACCCCAUCCUCUACCACCCUACACAUCUCCUGGCAUUGUUCAGUCGCCAACCAGCCUGUCCACUGAAUCCGGCUUCCAAAGCUAUGGUUCCGCAUCGACGCCGACAACCCCGAUCACGCCUCUGUCACCGCCAGCCCAGACUCCCUCCCCAUCCCAGUCAAAAUUUGUGUCAGCCUUGCAGGAUGUGCGACAUUUUGCAGGCGGUUUAAUCAGUCACCCCUACGAGUCCACCAAGCACUACACGAUCCUACGACAUUCCUUUGGGAUAGUCUACUAUAGUGGUUCGUCGACAAAUUUGGCCAUCACAAUCUUCUCCGACCGAGAGCUACCCCCCGAUCGGACUCUUUGGUUACAGCGAAGAGGCUUCUCUGGCAAGACGGGUUUGAAGAUCGGGGGGAUAUUGGGCGCCAGAAGCACCUGGAUCGAAGUGACACCAUCCACCAAGGCGACGCCGGAGCAAGUCAACCCUACCGACGAACGCGCCUGGCAGAGAGACAUCAAGAAGUUUUUGAAGAAAGCGCCGAAAGAACUUCGAGCUCAUCGACCGCGCGAGACGGACAUCCUCCGCAUUCCUUGCGACGCCGACGAUGGCUAUUUGAGGGUGGUCCUCUGCUCUGCCGAUGGAAAACGGACGCUGUGCGGCAGUCCAGUCUUCCGACUAGCAUCCUCCUCGACAGACUCGAGUGUCAUCAGAGGCUCGUCUCUCAAGACCAUGCCACUCGAAGCGGGCAUCAAACUAGCCACAGUUGUUGGAAGACAAUUCGUCACGGCUACUGCCGGCCCUUAUGUCCAAACUGCACGACAGACAGUCACAAAUCAGCUCACUUCAGUCUAUCGACCCAGCGCGGUGGCUCAAGAGGCCUUUGCUGUUGCUUAUGAUCAGAGUGGAAUUCAGGAUCGCUUUGACAAUAUGAAUGAGCAGUACGACACUACUCGAGAUGAGUCUUACUCCAAAACCGACCUGGGUGAGUACGAUGCCCUGGCUCGCCCAAGCGUUAUCGGGCCCGAGUCUGGCCCAGUACCGCCGUUUCCGGUACGAUUUCAUGGAAAGGUGGUCGCCGGCACCGGGAGGAGUAGGGCUGCCCUGAACAUGCCAACGGCCAACUUGACAGGUAUUCCCGAAGACGUGCUUCUACGAUAUAAAGGCGUCUUCUUCGGUUGGGCUACGGUAAAUCUGCGUAGCAAGGUUGCCGCGGAAAAAAACAUCUCAGAUGAAUGGCAUCAGGCAAUCAUAUUCUUGUCGCCAGACCCAUAUGGAAAAAGAUCUGUGGUAGAGAAGAACACUGCGCGAGUCUACCUGAUACAUGAUUUCCAGUCGGUCGACUUCGUUGAUGCCAAACUGUCUGUGCUGAUGAUGGGUUACUUGCGAGCUCUCGAGCUCGCGUCAAACCAGGAGUUGGAUGUUGAAGCACAGCUCUUUGAUUUUUACAAAGAUGUCGCCGUUACGAAUGCCAGUUUGGCUCGGCCCGCCUGGGCGGCGGAUGCUACAUUGGAGCGCAUCAAGUCGGCGUCGUCUAGUCGAUCCUUGACUGAACGCUAUGUUGAUUUCAGGCAGAGCACACAGAGUCAAAUCGAUCGAGUGCCUGUCCACCGGUUGGGAGUGCGAACAGAAGGUGCGGCCAUGAAGGACAGAUUGAUCGGAAACGGCGGAGUGUGGAUUCCAAGGUCACCAUUGACCCAUACUGCUACAGCUUGA